UGCAUGAGGAGCUCGUCACCUGUUUCACCAGUCCAGCCAGAAGGUAACAGAAGGAACGACUGCGUUGAACUUGUUCUGUGUCGAAUGUGUUCCGUCCACCAUAUUGUAUUUUUAUGUUGUUUCUGAUCGUCACCUGGUUUGGAGUCUGGACAGUGGACACUACUAGCUGACGGGGACGGUGACACAUAGGAACGUUGGUUUAGCUUCCUUGAAGUUGAUGCAAUAUACCGUCAUGUCGGUGAACACCCAUCUUCAUUGAAAAAUGCUCACACACUUACAGUCAAAAUGAUGAGUGGCGAUUUUACAGAGGUGACAGAUUCCUCACAAGGGGAUGAAGUCCAGUCAGUUGCAAUUGUGGAGUUUACUUCAUUUUUAAACUACUUGCGGAAAGUUGUAGCAGUUCAUUAUCAUGAAGAUGUCACAGCACCACCGUCUUUGGCAGCAGCCUUAGACGAUCGUAAUAAUCAAGAUUAUGUAAGGAAGUUUAUUAGUGAUCCACAAGUUUCAGCUUUAAUUGUGCAGAAGUGUUCUAAUAAAGAUGAUGAAAGUGAACAAAGUGGAGAAAGUGAUGAUGACAAAGAUACAUACCUCAUUUCCAAUGAGGUUCAUUUUACAAGUCCCAAGAUGACAAGUCUGGUGUUUACAAAACGCUAUGCUGUGGUGGAGGCUGACAAGACCAUCUCCAGUCAGCUGAGAGUGAUUACGUUCAGUGAAGGAUCUCCUUACGAAACCUUACAUUCGUAUGUGUGCAAGACCAUCUCUCCAUAUUUCAAGAGUUACAUCAAGGAGUCUGGAAGGGCGGAUAGGGAUGGAGACAAGAUGGUUCCUUCUGUUGAGAAGAAGAUGGCAGAACUGGAGAUGGGCCUGUUACACCUUCAGCAGAACAUAGACAUUCCGGAGAUAACUCUACCUGUACAUCCGAUUGUAGGCCAAGUGAUGAAGCGGUGCGCAGAAGAGGGCAGGAAGCCCAAGGUAGCAGAUUUUGGUGAGAGGGUGGAGGACUCCACCUUCUUGAACCAGCUGCAAAACGGUGUCAGUCGCUGGAUCAAGGAGAUACAAAAGGUGACGAAACUGGACAGAGACCCGUCUUCAGGCACAGCCUUGCAAGAGAUCAGUUUUUGGCUAAACCUAGAGCGAGCCUUAUACCGAAUCCAGGAGAAGCGGGAAAGUGUGGAAGUAGCCCUCACUCUGGAUAUUCUCAAGCAUGGAAAACGUUUCCAUGCUACUGUCAGUUUUGAUACAGAUACAGGCUUGAAGCAAGUUCUGGCAACUGUGAACGACUACAAUCCUCUGAUGAAGGAUUUCCCGAUCAAUGACUUGUUGUCAGCAACUGAACUCGACCGGAUCAAGACUGCAGUGCAGCAGAUCUUUUCUCAUUUGCGGAAGAUACGGAACACCAAAUACCCGAUGCAGAGAGCACUUCGAUUCAUCGAGGCCAUAUCUCGAGAUCUCAGUGCACAACUGCUCAAGGUGCUUGCCACUCGACGCUUGAUGCACAUCCCUUUUGAUGAGUUUGAGAAGGUGAUGACCCAAUGUUUUAGUGUGUUUACGUGUUGGGACGAUGAGUACGACAAACUUCAGGCAUUGUUGAGAGACAUAGUAAAAAAGAAGCGAGAGGAGCAAUUCAAGAUGGUGUGGAGAAUGUCGCCAGUUCACAAGAGACUGCAAGUGCGAAUGGAGCACAUGAGGCGGUUCCGUCAUCAGCACGAACAACUGCGGACCGUAAUAGUGCGUGUGUUGCGGCCGACUAGACUAACAGCAGACCCUGCCGAGGAGGGCAAGGCAGCCGACCCACUCAGUCUGGAGGCAGCAGAUGCCAGCGCCAUUGAGGAGGUAAACCUAGCUUAUGAAAAUGUGAAGGAAGUUGACUGUCUGGACAUGAGCAGAGAAGGUGUAGAAGCCUGGGAAGCUGGUGUUGCUAGAUAUGAAGAACGCAUUGAUCGAGUGGAGACACGGAUCACUGCACAUUUGCGUGACCAGCUUGGCACAGCCAAGAAUGCUAACGAGAUGUUUCGCAUCUUCAGCAGAUUCAAUGCUCUGUUUGUAAGACCUCACAUUCGUGGUGCCAUCCGUGAGUACCAGACUCAGCUGAUACAGCGUGUCAAAGACGACAUUGAGGCUCUGCAUGAAAAGUUCAAAGUUCAAUACCCUCAGAGCAACUCGUUCCGGAUGAGUUUUGUUCGAGAUCUGCCUCCAGUUUCGGGUUCCAUUAUCUGGGCCAAGCAGAUCGAUCGGCAGCUCACAGCCUACCUUCGCAGAGUAGAGGAUGUGCUAGGUAAAGGAUGGGAAAACCACAUCGAAGGACAAAAGCUGAAAGCUGAUGGUGACAGUUUCCGAUUGAAGCUGAACACUCAGGAUAUAUUCGAGGAUUGGGCUCGGAAAGUGCAACAACGCAACUUGGGAGUUUCGGGACGAAUAUUUGCCAUAGAGAAUUCCCGGUCUCGAAUGGGCAGAGGCAACAUUCUCAAACUUAAGGUGAACUUUCUCCCGGAGAUCAUCACAUUGUCAAAGGAAGUGCGUAACUUGAAAACCCUAGGAUUCCGAGUUCCUCUGGCCAUUGUAAACAAGGCUCAUCAAGCUAACCAGCUCUACCCCUUCGCCAUCUCUCUGAUAGAGAGUGUUAGGACGUACGAGAGGACCCUGGAAAAGCUCAACAGCCGGAGUACUGCUAAUAGCCCAUCACUCAAGAUGGAAGAGAAGACCAGUAUUGUUCCCCUGGUAGCUGGAUUGCAUAAAGAAGUGCAGAACUUAAUUGCUGAGGGUAUACAACUGGUGUGGGAGAGCUAUAAGCUGGACCAGUAUGUGCAGCGGUUUGCAGACCUGGUGCUCAGUUUCCAGGAGAAGGUGGAAGACUUGCUAGUGGUAGAAGAGCAGUUGGAUGUAGACGUUAGAUCAUUGGAAACUUGUCCUUACUCGGCUAACACCCUGGCAGAUAUACUCAGCAAGAUACAACAUGCUGUUGAUGACCUUAGUCUCCGCCAAUACUCCAACCUUCAUGUCUGGGUCAACCGCCUUGAUCAAGAGGUGGAGAAAAAUUUGGGUUACCGUUUACAAGCUGGUAUUCAGGCAUGGACUGAUGCCCUGGAAGGCAAGAAGAAUGAGAUAGACCUCAGCAUGGAUACAGAUGCUCCUGCACAACCAACUCACAAGCCAGGGGGAGAUCCUCAGAUUCUGAUGAUGGUGUAUGAGGUGAGGAUAACGAACCAGAUUAUGUACUUGUAUCCAAGUAUACACGAGGCCAGACAUCAGCUGUUGCUGCAGAUGAAUCAGUGGCAGGCUAUUGUCACAUCUCAGACGAGGCUGCAGAGUUCCCGGUAUCAGGUUGGGUUGGACAGAGUAACAUCACAAACCUACCGUAACCUGUUGGCCAAAUUGCCUCAAGGUCCAGUUGUGCUGUCUGCUGCCUAUGAGGCUAUAGAGAAGAAAAUUAAACAGAUGAGUCAAUACGUGGACGAGUGGCUGUGCUAUCAGGCUCUGUGGGAUCUCCAGGCCGACACACUCAACCACAGACUAGGGGACAGUGUUACCCUGUGGAUGCAGUGUCUCAAUGAUGUCAAAAAGUCUCGCAAGACAUUUGACACGUCUGAGACUAGAAGAGAGUUUGGCCCAAUAGUGAUCGAUUACACCAAGGUGCAGAGCAAAGUCACACUCAAGUAUGAUUCAUGGCAGAAGGAGACACUAGCAAAAUUCGGAGUAUUGUUGGGUAAUGAGAUGGCAUCGUUUCAUACUCAGGUGUCUAAGAGCCGCAGUGAGCUGGAACAGCAGAGUAUAGAAGCUGCCAGCACUUCAGAUGCUGUGUGUUUCAUCACCUAUGUCCAGAGCCUCAAGCGAAACAUGAAGCUCUGGGAAAAGAAGGUGGAAGUGUACAGGGAAGGCCAGCGAAUCUUGGAGAGACAGAGGUUUCAGUUUCCUAACAACUGGUUGCAUGUGGAUAACAUUGAAGGCGAGUGGAGUGCUUUCAACGAGAUUAUUAAAAGGAAGGAUUCAUCAAUACAGACACAGGUACAAAGUCUGCAGCAGAAGAUUGUGGCUGAAGAUAAGGCUGUGGAAACUCGAACUAAUGACUUGCUGAUGGACUGGGAGCGCAGCAAGCCUGUAGAGGGCAAGAUUCGACCAGACGAAGCACUGGGACAACUGCAGCAGUUUGAGAGCAAGUUCGCCCGACUCAAGGAAGAACGAGAUAAUGUUGCUAAGGCCAAGGAAGCUCUGGAACUACAGGAUCCUGGUGGUGUGAGCACAAGUGAGGACCGUAUGUUGGUGGUGUUCGAGGAGCUGCAAGAUCUAAGAGGGGUGUGGUCAGAGCUGAGCAGAAUCUGGCAGCAGAUAGAUGAGAUACGUGAGAAGCCCUGGUUGUCCAUACAGCCACGUAAGCUGCGACAACAGUUGGACACUCUCAGUACGCAGUUGAAGGAACUGCCGGCACGGCUCAGACAAUACUCCUCGUAUGAAUACGUCAAGAAACUACUGCAAGGAUAUGCUAAGGUGAACAUGAUGAUAGUGGAACUCAAGUCAGAUGCGCUGAAAGAACGCCACUGGAAGCAACUGAUGCGGAAGCUCAGAGUCAAUUGGGUUUUAUCAGACCUUACUCUAGGUCAGGUAUGGGACGUGGACCUGCAAGCCAACGAAGUGGUGGUUAAAGAGAUCAUCCUUACUGCACAAGGAGAGAUGGCACUGGAAGAGUUCCUCAGACAGGUGCGGGAGUCCUGGCAGAGCUAUGAGCUGGACCUCAUCAACUAUCAGAACAAGUGUCGACUGAUUAGAGGUUGGGACGACUUGUUUAACAAAGUCAAAGAACACAUCAACUCUGUGGCAGCGAUGAAACUCUCCCCUUACUACAAGGUGUUUGAAGAAGAGGCAUUGACCUGGGAGGAGAAGUUAAACCGGAUCAAUGCCCUGUUCGACGUCUGGAUCGAUGUACAGAGGCGCUGGGUAUACCUCGAAGGUAUCUUCUCUGGUAGUGCUGAUAUCAAGACUUUACUGCCUGUAGAGACCUCUCGCUUCCAUAAUAUCAGUUCUGACUUCCUGGGACUAAUGAAGAAAGUGAGCAAGUCACCAAUGGUGAUGGAUGUAUUAAACAUCCAGGGAGUGCAGCGUGCACUGGAGCGCUUAGCUGACCUCUUGGGCAAGAUACAGAAGGCACUGGGAGAGUACCUGGAGCGUGAGAGGACUUCCUUCCCACGUUUCUAUUUUGUAGGAGAUGAGGAUCUUCUAGAAAUCAUUGGAAAUAGUAAGAACAUUGCUCGCCUGCAAAAGCACUUCAAGAAGAUGUUUGCCGGAGUGGCAGCCAUCUUGCUCAAUGAUGAGAACAACAUCAUCACAGGCAUCGCUUCUCGUGAAGGAGAAGAGGUGAAGUUCCUGAAUCCUGUGUCAACAGUGGAGCACUCCAAGAUCAACGAGUGGCUGACGAUGGUAGAGAAAGAAAUGCGAGUGACGCUGGCAGCUUGUCUGGCACAAGCUGUUAAAGACAUCAAGCAGUUCAAGGACGGUGCCAUUGACCCUGAUGCUUACAUCCAGUGGUGUGACAAAUACCAGGCCCAGAUAGUGGUGCUGGCCGCUCAGAUCCUAUGGAGUGAAGAUGUAGAGGCAGCCCUUCAUCAGAUGAGCAACAAUGCCUCUGUCAAGUUGGCUCCAAUGGAACGGGUGCUGACUCAGGUAGAGGCCACACUAAACGUGUUAGCGGACUCGGUGUUACAGGAGCAGCCGCCUCUCCGCCGCAAGAAACUGGAACAUCUGAUCAAUGAAUUUGUGCACAAACGCACAGUGACACGACGACUGAUUGCGAAUGGUGUAAGUAGUCCGAAGGCAUUUGAGUGGUUGUGUGAGAUGCGCUUCUAUUUCGACCCACGCCAGAAUGAAGCCCUGCAGCAGCUGACAAUCCACAUGGCUAAUGCCAGAUUUUUCUAUGGGUUCGAGUAUCUGGGUGUACAGGACCGUCUAGUACAGACUCCCCUCACCGAUCGCUGUUACCUUACCAUGACCCAGGCUCUAGAGGCUCGUCUGGGUGGCUCCCCCUUCGGUCCGGCUGGUACUGGCAAAACUGAGUCAGUGAAGGCCUUGGGACACCAGCUGGGUCGGUUUGUCUUGGUCUUCAACUGCGAUGAGACUUUUGACUUCCAGGCCAUGGGUCGCAUCUUUGUCGGCCUUUGUCAGGUGGGAGCAUGGGGAUGUUUUGACGAGUUCAAUCGACUGGAAGAGCGAAUGCUUUCGGCCGUCUCACAACAGAUCCAGACCAUCCAAGAAGCUCUCAAGACUCAGACCGACUCUAAAAGAGAAGGAACCAUUUCGGUGGAGCUGGUAGGAAAGCAGGUGCGUGUUUCUACAGAUAUGGCCAUCUUCAUCACCAUGAACCCAGGUUAUGCCGGACGUUCCAACCUUCCUGACAACCUCAAGAAACUGUUCCGAUCACUGGCUAUGACCAAGCCGGAUCGUCAGCUUAUUGCUGAAGUCAUGCUCUUCUCUCAGGGUUUCCGCACUGCUGAGAAGCUCGCUUGCAAGAUUGUACCUUUUUUCAAGUUGUGUGACGAGCAACUUAGCAAUCAAUCACACUACGAUUUCGGCCUUCGUGCGCUCAAGUCAGUUCUGGUGAGUGCAGGCAACGUGAAGCGUGAUCGCAUUCAGCGCAUAAAAGAGCUGAAGAAACACAGUGGCGAGACCUUCAUUGACGAGGCAUCUAUCGCAGAGAAUCUGCCAGAGCAAGAGAUUCUGAUACAGUCUGUUUGUGAGACAAUGGUGCCCAAACUAGUGGCUGAGGACAUUCCUCUGCUCUUCUCGCUGUUAAAUGACGUGUUCCCGCAGGUCCAAUACACUCGGGCAGAGAUGAUCGGACUGAAGGAGCAGAUCAGGAAGGUUUGCCAGGAAGAAUACCUUGUCUGUGGAGAGGGUGACGAACAAGGUGGCCCCUGGAUGGAAAAGUGUUUUAUGGGAGAAACAUGGAUUGAAAAGGUGCUACAGCUGUACCAGAUCUGUAACUUAAACCAUGGACUGAUGAUGGUGGGUCCAAGCGGUUCAGGGAAGAGCACAGCCUGGAGAGUGCUGCUGAAAGCUCUGGAACAUUUUGAGGGCAUUGAAGGUGUUGCUCAUGUAAUUGAUCCCAAGGCCAUCAGCAAGGAGACCCUCUACGGGGUCCUGGACCCUAACACCAGAGAAUGGACCGACGGUCUAUUCACCCACAUACUCAGGAAAAUCAUUGACAAUGUGCGAGGUGAGAUCAACAAGCGACAGUGGAUCAUCUUUGAUGGCGAUGUAGAUCCAGAGUGGGUGGAGAAUCUUAACUCUGUCCUAGAUGACAACAAAUUGCUGACUUUACCCAAUGGAGAGCGGUUGUCACUGCCACCCAAUGUCCGAGUCAUGUUCGAGGUCCAGGAUCUGAAGUAUGCUACACUGGCAACAGUGUCACGGUGCGGCAUGGUGUGGUUCAGCGAGGACGUGCUGUCCACAGAAAUGAUAUUUGAAAACUACCUGUCUCGCUUGCGCCACAUCCCUCUAGAAGAAGCUGACGAUGACUCUCUCACCUUUGCACCUAAGAAGGCUCAGAGUGAGAACAAGGAGGAGGAGAUCUCACCAGCAAUGCAGGUUCAGCAAGAUGUGGCUAUGAUCUUACAAAUGCACUUUUCCCCUGAUGGACUUGUGGUGAGGUGCUUGGAAUAUGCCAUGAAGCAGGAGCACAUCAUGGACUUUACCAGACUGAGGGCCCUGAGCUCAUUGUUCUCUAUGCUCAACCAGGGAGUCAGAAACGUGGUGCAGUACAACCAUGCCCACUCUGACUUCCCACUGCCCCCUGAACAGCUGGAGCAGUACAUACCCAAGGUGCUGGUAUACUCACUGUUGUGGAGCUUUGCCGGCGAUGCCAAAUUGAAAGUAAGGCAGGAUUUGGGUGAUUUUAUGAGGUCUGUUACUACCAUCCCGUUGCCUUCUGCCUCUGCCAACAUGCCCAUCAUAGACUAUGAGGUGAGCAUCCAAGGAGAGUGGUGCUUGUGGUCCUGCAAGGUGCCACAGAUUGAGGUGGAGACACACAAGGUGGCAGCACCAGACAUUGUCGUGCCCACACUAGACACAGUCAGACAUGAGGCUCUCCUCUACACAUGGUUAGCUGAGCAUAAACCUCUUGUAUUGUGUGGCCCGCCUGGCUCAGGGAAGACCAUGACCCUGUUCUCCGCACUGAGAGCUCUGCCAGACAUGGAAGUGGUGGGCCUCAACUUCUCCUCCGCCACCACUCCUGAGCUGCUGCUCAAGACAUUUGAUCAUUACUGCGAGUAUAGAAAAACUCCCAACGGUGUCAUCUUGUCCCCCGUACAGCUGGGCAAGUGGCUGGUGUUGUUCUGCGAUGAAAUCAAUCUCCCAGACAUGGACCAAUAUGGAACACAGCGGGUGAUAUCGUUCCUGCGCCAGUUGGUGGAGCACCGUGGAUUCUACCGGGCCAGUGACCAAGCAUGGGUCUCAUUGGAACGAAUACAGUUUGUGGGAGCUUGCAACCCCCCUACAGAUCCUGGCCGCAAACCCCUGUCGCACCGCUUCCUAAGACAUGUACCCGUUAUCUACGUUGACUACCCGGGUGAAACAUCUCUUAAACAGAUCUACGGAACAUUCAGCCGAGCCAUGCUGCGGAUGAUCCCCUCACUGCGAGGGUUUGCAAAUGCACUGACUAAUGCCAUGGUGGAGUUCUACCUGGCAUCACAGGAACGCUUCACCCAAGACAUGCAACCUCACUACGUCUACUCCCCCAGAGAAAUGACCAGAUGGGUCAGAGGAAUCUGUGAGGCUAUCAGGCCCCUUGACAGCCUGAACGUGGAAGGUCUGGUUCGGCUGUGGGCUCACGAGGCUCUCAGAUUGUUCCAAGACCGACUAGUGGAGGAUACCGAGCGACGAUGGACAAACGAAAACAUCGACUUAGUUGCACUGAAACACUUCCCCAGCGUAGACAGAGAGGCUGCCCUGGCUAGACCCAUUCUCUACAGUAACUGGCUGAGCAAGGAUUAUGUGCCUGUAGACAGGAACCAACUGAGGGACUAUGUUAAGGCCCGACUCAAGGUAUUCUAUGACGAAGAGUUGGAUGUGCCACUGGUUCUGUUUGAUGAGGUUCUGGAUCACGUGCUCCGGAUCGACCGGAUCUUCCGCCAACCCCAGGGACACCUGCUGCUUAUCGGAGUGUCAGGGGCUGGCAAGACCACUCUCUCUCGUUUUGUGGCAUUCAUGAAUGGUCUUUCUGUCUUCCAGAUCAGGGUCCACAACAAGUACACAGGAGAGGACUUUGACGAAGAUCUACGCUCUGUCCUCCGACGAUCUGGUUGCAAGAACGAAAAGAUAGCCUUCAUUCUGGAUGAAUCUAAUGUGCUAGAAUCUGGAUUUCUGGAGAGGAUGAACACUCUGCUGGCCAAUGGAGAGGUCCCAGGAUUAUUUGAAGGUGAUGAGUAUACAACUCUGAUGACCCAGUGUAAGGAAGGAGCCCAGCGAGAGGGUCUCAUGUUGGACUCGAAUGAGGAGUUGUACAAAUGGUUCACCGGCCAAGUUAUGAAAAACCUCCAUGUCGUCUUCACCAUGAAUCCGUCGUCUGAAGGUCUCAAGGACAGAGCUGCCACCAGUCCUGCACUCUUUAACCGAUGUGUCCUUAACUGGUUCGGCGAUUGGAGUGACAGUGCCCUCUAUCAGGUUGGGCGAGAAUUCACUAAUAGGCUGGACCUGGAUGGACCACCCACAUGGAAGGCUCCAGACUUCUUCCCUGCAGCGUUCCCAGGUCUACCUUCCACACCGACACACAGGGAUGCUGUGAUCAACGCUUGUGUCUAUGUACAUCAGACACUACACAAGGCCAACACUAGGCUGGCCAAACGAGGAAGUCGCACAAUGGCCAUCACACCCAGACAUUACUUAGACUUUAUCAAUCACUUUGUGAAGUUGCAUCGGGAGAAGUGCUCGGAGCUGGAAGAGCAGCAACUGCACCUCAACGUAGGAUUGGGGAAAAUUGCCGAGACAGUAGAGCAAGUGGAAGAGAUGCAGAAGUCUCUCGCUGUCAAGUCUCAGGAACUACAAGCAAAGAAUGAAGCAGCCAAUGCAAAGCUGAAGCAGAUGCUGACCAAUCAACAAGAAGCUGAGAAGAAGAAGGUUCAGAGCCAAGAGAUUCAGUCACAGAUAGAGAUCCAAACAGUGGUUAUUGGAGAGAAACAAAAGGUUGUUAGCGCUGACCUGGCAAGGGUGGAGCCAGCUGUCAUUGAGGCUCAGCAAGCGGUAAAGUCGAUAAAGAAACAGCACUUGGUGGAGGUGCGUUCCAUGGCCAACCCUCCUGCAAUCGUUAAGACUACUCUGGAAUCCAUUUGUCUGCUGCUGGGCGAGGGCACGUCAUCACCUGCAGACUGGAAGACCAUCCGGUCCGUCAUCAUGCGGGAGAACUUCAUUACCACCAUUGUCAACUUCAACACCGACGACAUCACAGAUGAUGUCAGAGAGAAGAUGCACACUCGUUAUUUGAGUAAUCCUGAGUACACCUUUGAGAAAGUGAACCGAGCCAGUAUGGCUUGUGGACCCAUGGUCAAAUGGGCUGUUGCUCAGGUGAGCUAUGCGGACAUGUUGAAGAAAGUGGAGCCUUUGCGUGAGGAGUUGCGUUCACUGGAAGUGCAAGCUGAAGACAACAAGACUAAGGGAGAGGAGACCAAGGCCCUGAUAUCUAAGCUGGAGAUCAGUAUAGCAGCUUACAAGGAGGAGUAUGCUCAGCUGAUAUCUCAGGCCACUACCAUCAAGGCAGACCUGGACAGUGUACAAGCCAAGGUGGACAGAUCCAUAGCUCUGCUCAAGUCCCUGGGAAUAGAACGGGAGCGCUGGGAAGCUACCAGUGAGACCUUUAAAUCGCAGAUGGCCACAAUCAUUGGAGAUGUGCUUCUGUCCUCAGCGUACUUGGCCUAUGCAGGUUACUUUGACCAACAUUAUCGCCAUAACCUGUUUGCUGCCUGGUGUCACCACCUGACCCAGGCUGGUCUCAGCUUCAGGCCUGACAUUGCUCUCACAGAAUAUCUCAGCAAUCCUGACGACCGCCUAAGGUGGCAGGCCAAUGCGCUGCCAACGGAUGACCUGUGCACAGAGAAUGCAAUCAUGCUCAAGAGAUUUAAUCGUUAUCCGCUGAUUAUUGACCCAUCAGGCCAGGCUACGGAGUUCAUAAUCAAUGAGUUUAAAGAUCGCAAGAUAACAAAAACAAGUUUCUUGGAUGAUUCUUUCCGCAAGAAUUUGGAGUCAGCUCUCCGUUUUGGCAACCCACUAUUGGUGCAGGAUGUGGAGAACUACGAUCCAAUCCUGAACCCUGUACUGAACCGUGAACUGCGCCGCACAGGGGGUCGUGUGCUCAUCACCUUGGGUGAUCAGGACAUUGAUCUGUCUCCCACCUUCGUCAUCUUCCUGUCCACCCGAGAUCCUACUGUGGAGUUCCCACCAGACAUCUGCUCCAGAGUAACCUUUGUGAACUUCACAGUGACCCGCAGUUCACUGCAGUCUCAGUGUCUCAACCAGGUGCUUAAGGCUGAGCGACCUGACAUUGACACCAAGCGGUCAGAUCUGCUUAAGUUACAAGGUAAGUGACUAUAGGCCAAAGUGC